AAAUAGAGUAGCAAGGAAAAAAGAAAAGUAGCAGCCAAAAACACUCCCCACGAGAACUUCCCGCCCGCCAAUGACAACCCUUUGGUGACCGCCGCUUCCGAAUCCGGCUGCUGCGAACCAAACCUCUUCACUCAACUCUCUUAGCUUCUUUACCAAUUUCCACUCUCUAAAUCUCCCUCUUUUCUGCAAUCUCUAGCAUCUCUAAUACAUAAUAUUGAGUAGGGUUUUCGGUUUUUUGUUACUUCUAUCUCUCAACCAAUCCAGCUGAUGGAAACUCGAUCAUUAGCUGGGGCCGAGGUUCCCAUCACAGGAAGUGAUUCAGUCAAGUGGAUCGAAAUUUCUGUACCUUCUUCUUUCCAGUUCGAGGACACUGAAGCUUUGCCGUCGUCGCCGUCUUUUGCCCCUCCAGCAGAGGAUGCGGCAUCGUGCUCCAUUGUUGGAAGCCCUCCUACUUAUUGCAUUUGGAGAAUUCAUAAGGAUAAGCCUCGCGUGCUGGAAAUAGAGGAGCUACGUGCUUCUGAAGAAUUUCCCAAGACUGGGUUACGAAUUAUAUUUCCAGAUUCACUAAGUCCUUUUGCUUUGAUAUGCAAGGAUGAGUCCCAGUAUGCAUUGGGGAAUCCUUAUUUGCUGUACGCAUUAACUGUUUCUGGAGUUGCAUAUUCCAUUAAACUAAAGAGCAUCCAUAAUUAUGCGUCUGGUUAUACUUUAUCACCAUAUGAGGUUGUGGAGUUCAAUAUUCAGCAACUUCCGAAUGCUGGAGUUAUAACAUCUGUAGCAGCAAUGUCAGGGUGCUUGGUGGUUGGGAGAGAUGAUGGGGUGGUUAGUUGUCUCCAUCUUGGAAGACUUGAACCUAGUGAUCCAGGUUUCAUGCUUGACCUUCGGGAUGAUACAGGUUUUGGUCGCUUAUGGGGUUUAAUGUCAAGGAGAUCUGUUGGUUCUGUUCAGGGCAUGGUAAUAUCAGAUGUGCAUGAUAUGAAAUUGCUCUUUGUUCUUCAUCAUGAUGGGACCUUACGAAUUUGGGACAUUGUAAAUGGCAGCAGAAUUUUCAGUCAAACACUAACUGUUCCAUCAUCAAGAGAAGCUACGUUUCUGAAGUUAUACGUGGGUGAAGCUCAUCAUGGAACCAAUUAUAUUCCUCUUGGGAUUUUCUAUAGAAACAGUUUGGAAGUCUGUACGGAAAUGAUCACUGUAUAUUAUCUACGAUUUACUCAAGGGGAUAGGAAUUUGUUUUCAUUGGACACUUCAGUUCAGAACAUCCCACUGGAGGAGGGUAUGCUCAUAGAUGUGAAGCUAACUUCAGACAAGAUCUGGAUUCUUAAAGAACAAGGACUGCUUGUUGAGAGUUUGAUCAGUACAAAUGGAAAAAGGGGAGUAGCACAAUGCUAUGCUUUGCAGGAAGCAUUAGUUGCUGACCAGCUGUUUCAAAAUUCUCAAAACUCUUUGGAUGACUUUAUUUGGCUUGCUCAAACAGUAUUUUCUUCUGUGAAGGAUGAGAUUCUCCCAUUAGUGUCUUCCAUUUUCUUGCGUAGGAUACUUUUUCCUGGUGUCCAUCAUGCUACUGUCCUCAGAGCAACAUUAGGAGACUUUGCCAAGCACUUGUCUGAUUCUGACUAUAAUUCACUAUCAGCUGAAGGGUUAAAGAAAGAAAUUCUCACUCUUGUUGAACAAGAGGGCCUCUCUGGAAAUCCCAUUUCGAUACUAUACUUCUGGAGGAACUUCUGUACUCAUUAUUUCAACUAUUGGUGCAAAAUCAAUGCACCUUUUGGCUUUCUUGUUGAUUCUUCAACAGGUGCCAUUAUUCUAGUAAGGAAAAGUUCAACUUCUCUCUUCAGGUGCUUGGAGGAUAUAGAACGUACCUAUGGUUCUUUCAACGAACUUGCUGAUACAUUAGGCGCUGGGAUACAGUUGCCUGAUGAUGUUGACCAGACGAUCCUUUUUGACUUGCUCCAGUCCAUCAGUAAUGUUAGUCGACAGCUGGGGAAUGCUGCUUCAGCCAUAUAUUACGAAUCACUUCUUAGUGCUCCCUCUCUAUCACCAGAAGAGGUUGUUCCUCGUUUGUUGAAAACUCUAGAAAGUGGAUACAGUUCAUCUGGGGAAGCUUUGCAGGUAUCUGAGUUGGGAUCAGAUGCUUUUUGGGAGAAGAAAGUGACUGAUCACAAAAACCUGAGGAAGUUUUCCGUGGACAUUUUUCUAUCACUGCAUGCUCUACGUAACAAAACAACCUCUUGGGGCAAAGUGUUGGAUGUUAUGGAGAGUUUCCUAAAGUUUCUAGUACCCAACAAUAUAAAACAGAAGUCUGAUAUUCAAGUCCACUUCAACAUUGAUAUCUCUGUUACUGUUCAAGCUAUAUCUCAAGUUGCAAAAGUGAUGUUUGAAUCUACCUUGGACGUACUUGUGUUAUUAAAUUAUCUGGCUAAUAUCAGUGGGCAGAUUCAUAUGUCACAUGAGGAUGUAUCACGAAUAAAGCUUGAACUGAUUCCUAUGAUUCAAGAAAUUAUUGCCGAGUGGCAUAUAAUCCAUUUUCUGGCGACAACUCCAUCUGAGAUUCCUACCAAUGCAGACUUCAGUUCCCAACUUUCUUCUUUACAAAUAGAUAAUAAUACUGGAAAAAGGCCUUGGAAUGAGAAGCUUGGAAAGGGUGACUUUACUUUGGCUUGUGUUUUUCUUCCAAAUAUUGGAAGAUCUUCUGAAGACCCAAGCCAAUUAUGUGCUAGUUUUCCUAACCCAGAAAGCAUUAUUAGGUCAAUGCGGGACUUCACAAGCUGGAUAGUAUGGGGAAAGACAGGGAAAGAAUCUCAUUCAUUUUUUAGUCACUCAACUGAGCUUGCAUUAAUCUUACUUAGACAUGGACAAUAUGCUGCAGCCGAGUAUCUGCUUACAACUGUGGAUGCACAUUUGCGGAAGGAGAAAACAUCUCAGAGUGUUCAGGGUGAAGAUGGUGAAUGGUGCAAGCUUCUCCAUCUGCUUGGUUGUUGCCUGCUUGCUCAAGUACAAAGAGGAUUAGUGGGGAAGAUUGGAGAGAAAAAAAUUAAUGAAGCUGUUCGAUGUUUAUUUAGAGCUAGCUCAUUUGAUGGAGCUCCAGAGGUUCUGCAGAGCUUGGCUAAUGAAACAGGAUUACCUUGUCCUGAUUUGGCUUGCUCUUCAUCAGCGACAAUUUGGAAGCUUCAGUAUUAUCAAUGGGCGAUGCAGAUAUUUGAGCAGUAUAAUUUGAGUUCAGGUGCUUGCCAAUUUGCUCUUGCUGCUCUUGAGCAAGUUGAUGAAGCACUAGGAACUAAAGUUGAUACACUAGAGGCGGAAAUUCAGAGUGAAUCUGCUAUUACGAUUCGAGGGCGACUCUGGGCAAAUGUCUUUAAGUUUACACUAGACCUUAGUUGUUAUUAUGAUGCAUAUUGUGCUAUAAUUUCAAACCCAGAUGAGGAAAGUAAGUACCUUUGCUUGAGGCGUUUCAUCAUUGUCCUUUAUGAACGUGGGGCUUUAAAGGUUCUUUGUGAUGGCCAACUGCCUUUUAUUGGGUUAGCUGACAAGAUAGAACGAGAGCUUGCUUGGAAGGCGGCACGCUCAGAUAUUUCAACUAAGCCAAAUCCUUUUAGACUGCUUUACGCAUUUGAGAUGCGUCGACAUAACUGGCGAAAGGCAGCAACAUACAUGUAUCUGUAUGCUUCUCAAAUAAGAACUGAAGCAGCGAAUAAGGAUUUCCAUCCCAGAUCUAUGCUUCUUCAAGAAAGGCUUAAUGGGCUUUCUGCUGCCAUCAAUGCACUGCAUCUUGUUCAUUCUGAUUGUGCAUGGAUUAACCCUAUUCUUGAUGAACAGCUUUUUCAGAAGGAGCAUCGUCCAAUUAAAAAGGCUAGGCUAACAGAGCAUGAACAAUUAACCAUGGGCAAUGAUGGUCAGCCACAAAGGUCACAAUCUUACAUAGACGUGGAGAAGCUAGAAAAUGAAAUCAUUUUAACAUCAGCUGAAUAUACUCUCUCAAUGAGAAACGUGAAAUGGACCUUUUCAGGAAAUGAGAAGCCCUCACCAGAUCUGGUUGACUUGUUGAUUCAAGUAAACAUUUAUGAUAUGGCUUUCACAAUAAUACUAAGAUUUUGGAAAGGCUCAAAAUUAAAGAGCGAGCUGGAAAGAGUCUUCACUCUAAUGGCAUUGAAAUUCUGUCCGAAUUCAACAGGUCCACCUGUAGCUGUGAACCUUCCUAAAUCACAUGGUCUUCUUUUGACAUCAUCACAAGAUGAAGUUAAUCUUCAAGGUUCUUUUGAUGCAAGCCCUCCAGUUCAUCAGUCAAAAGUACAUAGCCAAUGGGAGAUGCUCGAGUCUUAUCUGGAAAAAUAUAAAGGAUUUCAUCCCAGAUUACCUGUAGUUGUUGCAGAAACUCUUCUUUCUAACGACUCACAGAUUGAGUUGCCACUUUGGCUGGUUCAAAUGUUUAAGGGUAAUAGAAGAGAAAGCAUUUGGGGAAUGAGUGGAGAUGAAUCAAAUCCCGCAUCCUUAUUUCGACUAUAUGUUGACUAUGGAAGGUUUGCGGAGGCAACCAAUUUGUUCCUCGAAUACAUUGAAUUGUUUGCUUCAAUGAGACCUUCUGAUAUAAUUCACCGGAAAAGGCCAUUUGCUGUGUGGUUCCCAUAUUCGUUAGUGGAGCGUUUAUGGUGUCAGCUUGAUGAACUUAUUAACCGAGGCUACAUGGUUGAUCAAUCUAAGAAAUUGAGACAUCUUUUACAAGUGGCUCUAUCGAAACAUCUCCAUCUGCUUAAGGUGGACUCUGAGGACACGAUGUCUACAGCAACUUGACAAGAAAUAUGAUAAAAAUUGUCUUAUCAAAGAGUUGACCAAAGGUGUUCGAUAAUUGAUUGCCAGUUGACCAAUGAUGUCAGGAAUUUUGGGCUCAGAAAAAUCUUUUGCUUUUUAAUUGUGUGUAUUAAUGUAACGUUUUUUUUUACUUUAUUCUUGAGUUUUAUUGCCAGAGUUUAUUAAAUACUUUACUUGAGUUCAGUUAUAUAUCUUAAUGUUCUUAUUUAUGCAAAUCUUAUACUUGGGUGGUUA